CAACUAUCAAACUACUCAGUUUGUGGCUUGUGGGCGGUGCAUUUAGGCUGACGUCACGGUGAAAUCAAUAUAUAAAGGUCGUCACGUUCAUUCACGAUGUCAGAGUCACCUACAAAGAAGAGCAAGAUGGCCACGUCCCUGGACCAGCUGAAGGAGGUGACGGUGGUGGUGGCGGACACCGGAGACUUUGAGACCAUGAAGAAGUACAAGCCAACAGAUGCCACCACAAACCCCUCACUCAUCCUUCAGGCAGCCAACAUGCCCCAGUAUGCUUCACUCAUUGAUGAAGCUGUGGAGUAUGGCAAGGGCAAAGGCCACAACAAAUCUGACAAGCUGACCCACGCAAUGGAUAAGUUGUUUGUGUUGUUUGGAUGUGAGAUCCUGAAGAUCGUUCCUGGGAGGGUCAGCAUUGAGGUGGAUGCUCGACUGAGUUUUGAUAAGGAAGCCAGCAUCACCAAAGCCCGCAAGUUCAUCUCCAUGUUUGCUGCUGAAGGUAUCGACAAGGAGCGUAUUCUGAUUAAGCUGGCAUCGACCUGGGAAGGAAUCCAAGCCGCAAAGGUGUUGGAGGAGGAACAUGGCAUUCAUUGCAACCUGACGCUGUUGUUCGGCUUCGCUCAGGCUGUGGCGUGUGCUGAAGCUGGAGUGACUCUCAUAUCUCCCUUUGUUGGUCGUAUUCUUGAUUGGUAUGUUGCAAACAGUGAGCAGAAGUCAUAUGAGCCUCAGGAUGACCCAGGAGUGAAGAGUGUCACCCGCAUCUACAACUACUAUAAAAAGUUUGGCUACAACACUGUUGUUAUGGGAGCUUCGUUCAGGAAUAGUGGUGAGAUCUGUGAACUUGCUGGUUGUGAUCUUCUGACCAUUGGCCCCAAAUUCCUCGAGGAACUGCAGAAUUCUAAAGAACCUAUCAUAGAACACCUGUCAGAGGCCAGUGCCAAAAAACAUGACUUGGAAAAGGUCGAGAUGAAAGAAGCCAAGUUCCGUUGGGAAAUGAAUGAAGAUCAGAUGGCCACUGACAAACUGUCCGAGGGAAUCCGCAAGUUUGCAGUUGAUGCAGUAAAGCUGGAGAAAAUGCUCCUGGAGAAGCUGAAGCAAUAUUGAAAAGCUUCUUCAGAUGGGCAGUGGACUAGACUGGAGGAAACUUGCACAGCUUGAUAAUGUGAGGAAAGGAACAUUGACCAGGUAUGUAGACGACACAGUACAAAAGUGGAGUUUGUGAUCCUGUUGGAACUUACGUAGAUGUGUGCGAGACCAUUACACUGCCAAGGAAAUGUAAUUUUACUGAAAUUCUUGGCUUUUUCUCUUAAACAGUGUACAUGAAGCAUUUCUUGUUAUAGUAUUGAAAAUAAUGGCCUUGUUGGUGAUAUCUUGGUGGUAAGGAGAUUUUAGAUUCCUUGUAAUGCAAGUGAUGUGAUUACUUAUACUGCAUAAACUAAAACUUCUUAGUAGCAAUUUCCAUACAGUGCAGAGCAAUCUCCACUUGUGAUAUUCCUGCAUGUCAUUUGUGUUUUUGACCUAUUAUGAUAUAAAUUCAUAUUUAAAUUAUGAAAAGCACUGUUUGAGGAAUAAUUUUGAUUCCUGACUAGAGCAAUGAGCAAUCUUAUUCAACAAUUGGCAUUGUCUCCAAACAGCUUUUGUCUUUUUUAGCUCCUUUCACUGCACUACAGUGCCAGGGGAAAAACACCAAAGACUUCUUUUUGAGGCAGCAGUUGCUGCACAUGAAGCCUUUGUGUAUUUACAAGGUCACAUUAAAUUUUAAAGAAGCUCAAACUAACAUUUUUGUAAUUUGUUCUUGAAGUAAGAAUUCUGCAUUCAGAGGGACAGUGUUGAGAGGUCUUAGCAUACACCAGAUUGUUCCACAGUAUUUAAUUGUAUUUCAUAGAUUUAUAACGUCUUGCAUGUAAGGUGCUCCUAUUUUUAUCUCGUCAAUUCACUUACUAGCAUACACAAUUAUCUAUUCAUAUUUAACCUGAACACUAGUUUUUAAUAGUUCCUAAAGUUUUGGCUGUUCUUGCUCCGUUUACCUGUUUAUUUUUCUCCACCACAACUACUGUAUAUGGAGGUUUAGUUGUAGUUUACCUAUUUGGAACUCAUAAGUAUUUUCAACCAAUCGCCUUCUGGAGCCUCGUAAUAAAUCUUUAGAAAUUUCCUUAGCAUGAAAGUGAAAUGUGUAUCAUUGAUACUUUACCUGGUUUAUCAAACCUGUUAUCCUUUCUUAAAAUUUUCUUGCCUCUGCAUUGUAACAUUCUGUUACAUCUUAUGCUUGGACAUUAAUAAGGCACUAAAAAUUUUUCUGGCAACUCUAAAGACAUCUAUACACCCUUUUGCCUCAACACCAUCAUUGACUGUCACCAGUUAUGGUUGACUCACUUUACCAAGCUUCUUACACUUGGUGGCCUUGUACUUCCUGUAGCAUAAUGCUGUCCUCAGAGCAUUUUGUGUAUUUUUCUGCUAUUGGUCAGUUUCACUAACCUUUUGCAUUUAAUAGCUUAUGGUUUACAGUAUGUGCAUGGGAGGAAGAAUAUUAUUUACAGUGGUCUCCCCAUUAGUUGGAAUCACCAGAACUCUUCAAUGGCUGGAAUUUUCCGGAAAGGUUUAAUCAAUUCCAGGUUUGAGAAGCAGUCAUCUCGUAACCCGGAAAUCUCUCAAACCCAGGAGAGCUCUGCCCCAAUUAUUCCAGCUAAUGUGGAGAUUACUUGUGAAAAUGUUGGAAAGAGAAAAUAAUACAAGCACUCGCAUACUAUUCCUGUGGUUUUGGGUCAUUCAUAUUAAUUUUGUACUGUAUUUACAUGUUCAAUUUAUAUUUAACCCCAAAGGGGUAUAGGUACUUGCUGACAAACUCUAUACAACAAAUCAUUUAAAAUUUGUAUUAUUUGUUAACUCGAAGAGGGUCACUGGUCAAAGUCAAGAAAAUUCGUUUUUUCGCUUGUCAUUGCUUUUUAUCCUGACCAUUCCAGACAACACUACAGUUUUUCAGAGGUUUGGUUAAAAAUAUUUCCUUAACUAGAUCUACUUUUCAGGGCUGCUACAGGACGGUCCCUCCUCUGCUGCUACAAGGCAUAGAAAGCUUACAUAUGAACUGAAAAGUUUUUAUUAUAUAUACCUACAUCAGCUGAAUUGCAUAAAAUUCAUGUACAGUACUAUUUACAAUAUCAUAAAUUACCUAUGUUAAUAUUUUCAAAUUUAACUAUCAAUAAAUGUAGAUUUUUGUUUUGACAUUAA